GCGGAGGAAGGAGGGCUCUUCCCAGUCUAGUAAUAGAAGAUUCCAGGAGAUGAGUGUGGCGGCUGUUCUGAGUCCUGGACCAACCGAUGUCCAGGUUAGGGCAGCUCUGGGGUUCCGAUCCCAGUCUGGAAGAUUGGUCUCCGCGUCGACCCCUUUUCGGUUCUUCUGCCACUCGCUGGCCAGGGCAAGCCAGGAUUGGGGAGCCCAGAGGGUGCAGGUAAAGGGCUGGGUGCAAGGCGGAUGGCAGUGAAAGCCGGCGGCGAGGGUGCGGCACGUAGGGAGACGUAGCUGUGGUAGGGUUAAGCGCCCGCGGAGAGGGCUUUUGACAGUGGGAAGGGGGGGGAGGGUCCCAGCCAGAAGGCCGAGCGCUGGGUCCCCCUGCCGCCGCCACCUCCGUGGCCCAGCUCGUAUCCAUCCGUGUGAGUCGGCGCGGGAGACUUGGCCGCAGCCAAAGCCGCAGCCGCGGAGGGUGCAGACAGUAAGUGCGGAGCAGGCACGGGAACAUGGGCUGAAUACCGGGACCUGGGAGGCGACUGGUAGGGCGAGAUACCCACCUCCCGCGCGCGGAUGCACUCCUCGAGUGGUGUGACCGUGCGUCCCGUCGCGGGUCACGCUCGGAGGCGUCGGCGUAAGGACGCGGGGGAGGUGGUGGGAGCAAGUGGCUGGCGUGCGGUGUCACGCGGAUUUGGUGUGUGUGUGUGUGUGUGUGUGUGUGUGUGUGUGUGUUUCGCGCACGCGGAUCUCUAGGGUGGCUCGACACGGUGGACACGCCCAUGGUGGUCAGUUGUGCCGGGGUCUGCUGGAAUAUGGUGCAGUGCUAUGCCUGCAGCUCCGGCAGUUUACGGCUAGAGAUGAGGGGUGGAGUGUGGGAUCGCGGAUUUUUGUGACACGUGUGGCAGACAGUGUAUAUAUGUGUGCGUGCGCGCCUGCCAUCUCCCGCUGCCCGCUAGGUGACAGCUGUCCCGUGGGCUGCUGUAUCUAUACUGCCCUUCCUACCCUGUGCCUCGCUUCUUCCGCUUCUUCUGGGAACCUGGUGCCCACCCUUGGCUUUCCUUGGCUCUGGGCCUUGCAUCUACCCUGAAACCAGAUCUGCCUCUGGGUUCCUCGAAAGGCCCGCGACGGGUGGGGACCCUGCUGAUCCCUGCUAGCCUGGACUCGGGAAAGGCAGGAGGGGACAGAUGCAUCUGAGGAGGCUGCCACAGCCGCACUGGGAGAGCCAAGUAUGGACCUGCUAUUCCUGUCUCCUGUUCGCGGGCUCCAGCCUCUCCUCCUGCUUUGCCUUGGAAUGCCCUGGUCUUCCCUUGGUCUUCUCCAAGGCGGGGCUCCCUAUGCCUCACAACUCCCUACAUUUCUCACUUACUCUGUCUCUUCUGAGGUUGGCUUAUUGUCUCCUCCUUCCUCCCACUCUCCUGAUGGUUAGGCGGGGGUGGGGGUAAGAGAGAGAGGCUGGAGGUGGGGGCCUAGGUACCUGGAAUUAGGUGUCUAGCCAGAGGAUGCUGUGGGGGUGGGGAGGGGUUACAUCCAUGGACUAUAAAGCUAGGAGUUCCAAAACCUUGGGGAGCCUAAGAUAGAAAAGAAAUAUGCGGGUGUCAAAUCUCUUCUUGACCCCUAAAUCCUUGGUUUGGCCUGCAGUGACCACUGCUCCCCAGGAGCUCCCUGCUCCUCCUCCCCAGGCAGGAGGAGCUGGACCUGCCUCUGGAAGGGCCAUGCGCAGCACCACACUCCUGGCCCUGUUGGCGGUGGUGCUGCUUUACUUGGUAUCCGGGGCUCUAGUGUUCCAGGCUCUGGAGCAGCCUCAUGAGCAGCAGGUUCAGAAGGAGCUGGAGGAUGGCCGGGACAAGUUUCUGAAGGACCAUCCAUGUGUGAACCCGGAGAGCCUGAGGAAAUUCAUCAAGCUCGUGGCUGAUGCCUUGGGAGGGGGUGCAAACCCAGACACCAGUUGGACCAAUAGCAGCAACCACUCAUCAGCUUGGAACCUGGGCAGCGCCUUCUUUUUCUCGGGGACCAUCAUCACUACCAUCGGCUAUGGCAAUACAGCCUUACAGACAGAAGCCGGGCGUCUCUUUUGUAUCUUCUAUGCACUGGUGGGGAUCCCGCUGUUCGGAAUGUUGCUGGCAGGGGUCGGGGACCGUCUGGGCUCCUCUCUGCGCCGGGGCAUCGGUCACAUCGAAGCAAUCUUCCUGAAGUGGCACGUGCCACCUGGACUGGUGAGAAUACUGUCUGCGGUGCUCUUUCUGCUGAUUGGCUGCCUGCUCUUUGUCCUAACUCCUACCUUCGUGUUCUCCUAUAUGGAGAGCUGGAGCAAGCUGGAAGCCAUCUACUUUGUCAUAGUGACACUCACCACCGUGGGCUUUGGCGAUUAUGUGCCCGGCACUGGCUCCGGACAGAACUCAGCCUACCAACCUCUGGUGUGGUUCUGGAUCUUGUUCGGCCUAGCCUACUUCGCCUCGGUGCUCACCACUAUCGGCAACUGGUUGCGAGCGGUGUCCCGCCGUACACGGGCAGAGGUGGGUGGCCUCACGGCGCAGGCUGCUAGCUGGACCGGAACAGUGACAGCACGAGUGACCCAACGAGCCGGACCUAGCGGCCCGCCGCCAGAGAAGGAGCAACCGCUCCUGCCCUCCUCCCUGCCGGCACCCCCUGGUGCUGCUGAGCCAGCCUGCCGGCCGGGAUCCCCUGUACCCUCAAAGAAGGCCGAGACACCUUCUCCUCCCACAGCUUCUGCUCUGGAUUACCCCAGUGAGAAUCUGGCCUUCAUCGACGAGUCCUCAGACACGCAGAGUGAACGUGGCUGCGCCCUGCCUCGCGCGCCUCGGGGUCGUCGCCGUCCCAAUCCCCCCCGGAAACCCUCGAGACCCCGGGGUCCUGGGCGUCUCCGAGAUAAGGCCGUGCUACACCGGCAGGAUCCCUGGUCUGGGGUCCCCCGUUAGGGGCUUCGUUCCUGCUGAUGCCCAGGCAUGUUUGGCUUAUUUGACCAAAGAGCCCUUUUUUUGUUCCACGCGACUGCAACCUUGGGAGGAGUUGAAGGGUUGCCAAAUGCCACUGCUCUUCCCCGGCUGGUUCCCCGCAUCUAACCAUUUCCAAAUUCCACCAUUCAAGACUUUCUGUCUUGCUGUCCUGGCCUGGCUUGUCCCUCACACCUCACGACUGUGCCUCAAAAUUUGCACCAAUAAACAAAGUCUGCACCACUGAGUGAGUGCUCCUGGGA